AUGCAAAACUUUCGUGAAUCGAUUCCGAUUGUAUGUUUUCCUCACAUACUUGUCCUCUUAUACGUGUUCUCAUCCCGUUCCAAUCUUGUUCUAUUAGACAUCUCCUGUACACUCUCAUACACUGAGACCUUUCCUGUACCCCCUCGUUCUCUUAUACGUGUCCUUUACCCCUUCUCCUCUUAUACAGCACCUUUACCCCUUCUCCUCUUAUAUACCCCCUUUACCCCUUCUCCUCUUAUACACUCUUGUCCUCUUAGACCGUUCCUCUGCACUCGCUUCCGCUUAGACCACCGUUCCUCUACACUCUCGCUUCCUCUUAGACCGUUCCUCUACACUCUCCUUCCUCUUAGACCGUUCCUCUACACUCUCCUUCCUCUUAGACCACCGUUCCUCCACCUCUCCCUUCCUCUUGGACCGUUCCUCUACCUCUCCUUCCUCUUGGACCGUUCCUCUACGCUCUCCUUCCUCUUAGACCGUUCCUCUACGCUCUCGCUUCCUCUUAGACCGUUCCUCUACACUCUCCUUCCUCUUGACCACCGAUCCUCUACACUCACGCUUCCUCUUAGACCGUUCCUCUACACUCUCCUUCCUCUUAGACCGUUCCUCCUCUCCUUUCCCCUUAGACCGUUCCUCUACCUCUCCUUCCUUUGGACCGUUUCCUCUACCUCUCCUUCCUCUUGGACCGUUCCUCUACCUCUCGCUUCCUCUUGGACCACCGUUCCUCUACCUCUCCUUCCUCUUAGACCGUUCCUCUACGCUCUCCUUCCUCUUAGACCGUUCUCUACUACACUCUCCUUCCCUCUUAGACCGUUCCUCUACCUCUCCUUCCUCUUAGACCGAUCCUCUACCUCCUUCCUCUUAGACCGUUCCUCUACACUCUCCUUCCCCUUAGACCGUUCCUCUACACUCCUUCCUCUUAGAGCGUUCCUCUACCUCACGCUUCCUCUUGGACCGUUCCUCUACCUCACACUUCCUCUUGGACCGUUCCUCUACAUUCACGCUUCCUCUUGGACCGUUCCUCUACCUCUCCUUCCUCUUAGACCGUUCCUCUACACUCUCCUUCCUCUUAGACCACCGUUCCUCUACGCUCUCCUUCCUCUUAGACCGUUCCUCUACACUCCCGCUUCCUCUUGGACCGUUCCUCUACACUCUCGCUUCCCCUUAGACCAUUUCUCUCUCACCCUCGUCCUCUUACGAGCUUUCUCUCUCACCCUCGUCCUCUUACGAGCCUUCUCUCUCACCCUCGUCCUCUUACGAGCCUUCUCUCUCACCCUCGUCCUCUUACGAGCCUUCUCUCUCACCCUCGUCCUCUUACGAGCCUUCUCUCUCACCCUCGUCCUCUUACGGCUUUUCUCUCACCCUCUUACGAGCUUUCUCUCUCACCCUCUUACGAGCUUUCUCUCUCACCCUCUUACGAGCUUUCUCUCUCACCCUCUUACGAGCUUUCUCUCUCACCCUCUUACGAGCUUUCUCUCUCACCCUCUUACGAGCUUUCUCUCUCACCCUCUUACGAGAUUCAUCCCUCCGCCCUCUUACGAGAUUUCUUCCCCCACCCUUAUCCUCUUACGAGAUUUCUUCCCCCUUCGGUUCUCUUACGAGAUUCCCCCCGGUUCUCUUACGAGAUCCCCCGGUUCUCUUACGAGAUUCCCCGGUUCUCUUGAGAUUUCUCCCCCUCCCGGUUCUCUACGAGAUUUCUCCCCCAGUUCUCUUACGAGAUUCCCCCCGGUUCUCUUACGAGAUUCCCCCGGUUCUCUUUACGAGAUCCCCCCCCGGUUCUCUUACGCGAUUUCUCCUCCCCAACGUCCUCUUAUGAGAUUUCUCUCUUCACCACAUUCUUCUGGUGUUCCUCUUUUGGCUGUUACUUAA